UCAAUAUGAGGUCAUCAUAUAACAGACUUGUGCACUAUUAUUGUGACACUAACCCUCAAAGAUAUGUGACAAUACAGCAGAUUAGAAAGCAAGCAAAUGGAUUAAUUUUAAAAAUUCAAAAUUAAAACCGUAAAAAGAAAGAGUAAAUUUGACCAAAGUAUUUAAGGUUGCACCUAACAUAGCAUUUCUAAAGGCAGCUAUCACUCAGUAGCGAUGCCAGCAAACCCAAGUAAUCUCUCCUCCAUGACAAAAAAUUUGUUAUAAAGGCAUCAUAAUUAAAUCUUCAUAGCAAAGAGCAUUAUUUUUUUGAAAUGUCGAAAUUACCCUUGUCAAAACAACUACUCCCAGCAUGCCCAUUAUUUGAGGGUAUUGUGACAUGUAUCUUAGACAAAACCUUACUUCAAAAGCAAGACCAAACACAUAGAAUUGACAGAGAGAUAUCAAAUUGAAUUGGUAAGUGAUAAUCAAUCUUUAUGGCUAUGUUUCUGAUGAGGAAAGGAGAGAAAAUGUUGAAAGAAGAGAGUGAGUCUGAGAUCUUUUCACCAAAGAAGAAAAUAACUGAAGUUCAAAUGUCAAAGAAUGAGUUACUCGAGAAGGAAAACCUGGAGCUCAAGCAAGAAGUGGCGCGCUUGAAGUCGCUGAUAGUUUCGCUGAAAGCACACAACGUGGAGAGAAAAUCCAUGCUGUGGAAGAAGAUCCAUAAGUCAAUAGACGACAGCAAUUCAGAUUCACAGCUACACAAAGCAGCCGUUAUGGCAGAAAAGUGUCCUGAAAACCAGAAUGUGCUUACAAAUCAAGAAUUCAAAGAUUCAAUAAAGGAGGGUUCUGUAACAAAGGUACCAAAUCCGCCGCCAAGUCCGCCUUCAUUCCUUCUUCCUUCGCAUAACAAGUUGCAGCCCGGAGCGCCGCCUCCGCCUCCUCCGGCUCUGCUAAAAUCAUCAAUGGGAUUGAAGGCGGUGCGACGUGUUCCAGAAGUUAUCGAGCUCUAUCGUUCCCUUACGAGGAAGGAAGCCAACACGGAAAACAGAAUAAACCUUAAUGGAGGAAUCCCUGCAUUAGCAUUCACCAGAAACAUGAUUGAAGAAAUCGAAAACCGCUCGUCUUACCUAUCCGCUAUAAAAUGUGAAGUUCAAAGACAAGGCGAGUUCGUGAAUUUGUUAAUCAAAGAGGUGGAAUCAACGUCGUUUUCGGAUAUUUCAGAGGUGGAGGCAUUCAUCAGGUGGCUGGACGGAGAACUGUCUUCAUUGGUGGAUGAAAGAUCAGUGCUGAAGCAUUUUCCACAAUGGCCGGAACAAAAAGUUGAUGCGCUUCGCGAAGCGGCUUGUAACUACCGAGAUCUGAAGAGUCUUGAAUUGGAAGUUUCAUCUUAUGAGGACAAUCCCAAAGAGGCUCUGCCUCAAGCUUUGAAGAGGAUUCAUGCGUUGCAAGACAGGUUGGAGACUAGUGUUAGUGCUAAAGAAAGAACAAGGGAGAUUACUACCAACAAGUACAGGAAUUUUCAUAUCCCGUGGGACUGGAUGAUGGACACAGGCCUCGUUGGUCAGAUGAAGCUAAGUUCAUUGAGGUUGGCAAAAGAAUUCAUGAAAAGAGUGACUAAGGAAUUGGAGUCUCGUGAAGCAUUGCAAGAAGAUAACCUCUUACUACAAGGAGUAAAAUUUGCAUUCCGGGUACACCAGCUGCCAUGGCAUUUCAGUUUGCAGGUGGCUUUGAUCCGGAGACCAUACAAGCAUUUCAAGAAUUGAAGAGCGUUGGUGGUGUUCUGCGAAGCUAUAGCAAAUGCACUAAAUUUGACAAAAGUUGUCAGAAACUUGUGUAGUAACCAAAUUGUCUUCCCCAAUGGAAUUGACAAAUAUGUAUAUUCCUCUUCUGUUUAUGUAAUGCUCUCAAAUGCAUUGCCUUGAGAAAACUAGGUAUACGCUUUUUCUUUCUUUCCUUUUUUUUUUUUCCUAAUAAUUAUGUUUAGUACACCUCACGAGAUAAAUCCUAAUUUCAGAUUUUGUGCUAGGGAAAAGCAAACCUUUACUCAAAAUAAAGA